UCAUUCUGCUUCCGGCCACGGUCGUGAAAGGACGCAGGAUGGCUGGCUCUUCGCGAGCAGUGAUAACGGCCGAUUCUGGCCGCGGAACAUCGUUUUUGGACGGCCUGAAAGAUUACAGGAUUGUACUGCCGCCGCUGCCAACCGGAGAAGGACUGAAAACAAUGGUUGUUCUUCACUGCGACACCGCUGGAAGGCCUUACAGGAUAGAAGAUUUCCGCCAGCCGAUGAAAGAAGCCGGCGUCAUUGAACAGGUGGGCGGUAUUGGAGCGUACCAGAUGUCGCACGUCUGGUUAGUCAACUUCCGUAGUGAAGAAGCCAAGAAAAAGUUGCUCGACAUCGGGCAUAUUGUUGUUAAAGGGAAGACUUGCGUUGUCUUUGACCCUGAAAGGCAGGAAGUGCGGCUGAAGGUGCAUUGGUGUGCCUUCAACGUCAGCAACGAAACUCUGAGGCGGGCGUUCGCCGAGUACGGCGAAGUGAAAGAAGUUUCGAGCGAUAGAUGGAAGACCGGCGGGUUUGAAAACGCCGACUCGACUACUCGUGUUGUGCGGCUGGUUCUUCGAGAAGGUGUAAACCUCGAGCGCAUACCCCAUCAGCUGCGUAUCGGGAACGGUACAGUAUUAGUCGUCGUGCCCGGGCGUGCGCCGAUAUGUCUCCGCUGCCGCAACACAGGCCACAUUAGGCGGGACUGCAAGGUGCCCAAGUGCAGCGAGUGCCACGCCUUCGGGCAUGAAGAGGCUGAAUGCACGAAGUCAUACGCCCGCGCCGCGACUCGAGGAACAUUCGGCGAUAAUAGUGAGCUGCACAUGGACGAGGAUGAAGCUGAGCAAGCUGCCUCCAACCCAGUGGUCGAGAGCCCAACGGCCGCAGCGCUGAGCGAUGAAAAGGAAGGCGCCAUGCCAGGGACUCGUGAGUCAGCGCCCAGCACCCCCAAGUCGGCAACCACGAGCAUGGAUACCAAUUCACCGCAAGAUAUUCCACGCCCUUCUGAAAAAAGCAACGAGGAACCCAUGGAGUCUGACCCUGCGGCUGCGAAACGACGCCACGACGAUGUCAGUGCAAUGAGCCAGGAGCAACGACUGCGUCUCCUAGAACGCCAGUGGGGCGUAGGCGAAGGGAAAAAGCAGCGUGUCACCAGCGGGCUACGAUCGUCGUCGCUUCCUCGCGACGACAACCCGAAGACCUAAUAAUGGAGGGAUGGCACUACACGGCGCGGCGUUGUGUGCAUGAAGGUAAGCGCCGUACUGGCGGCCUGGUCUUGCUUAACGAUGGCGGCAUUUGAAAGACACCUCGUAGUAGCCACGCUUAAUGUCAGGGGUCUUUCAUCCAGGAGGAGGCAAAAUCAGCUGCUGAGACUCGUGACUGAGCAGGAAUUGGAUAUUGUAGCGAUACAAGAGACCAAAAUCGAGAGUCAAGACCAGACCGACAGAAUGGUGCUCUCGUUCAGUAGUCGGUAUGAUGUUUGCGUGUCUCAUGCCGUGGGUACCUCGGCAGGUUGCAUGCUGUUGAUUCGCCAGUCUCUGGGAGCGAUUGUGGAAAGAGUUGUGACUUGCGUUUUCGGUCGAUGGAUUGUCUGUGACAUCACACUUGCUGGUUUGGAAUUGCGUAUUAUCUGUAUCUAUGCACAC